GCCAAUGAGAUGUGAUAAUUUUACACCUAUAGAGCCAGUCUCGAUGUGAAUGUAUAUAUAUAUAUAUGUCCACAGACAAGGCCUGCGUCCAUCCCUCUCUCCAAAGAUCUGCUUGUUUCAACCUUCAGUUGUAACUAUCUUAUCAUGUCUCACUCAGGUGCUCAAGGUAGUAUUGGCAGCCAUCCUGCCAUAGGGCUGCACAACUAUAAGAUAUACCUCUAUGAAUAUGAGAACUUUCAGGGCCGUAGGAUGGACCUGUUUGGAGAGUGUCGUAACCUGUGUGAGAAGGGUUUUGAUAGAAUUGGCUCCAUUAUUGUCGAGUGCGGACCCUGGGUGGGCUAUGAGCAGCAAAACAUGACAGGUGAGAUGUUCAUGUUGGAGAAGGGAGAGUACCCACGCUGGGACACCUGGUCCAACAGCUACAGGUGUGACCGCAUGAUGUCGCUCAGGCCUGUGCAGAUGGACCCACAGGAUCACAAGAUUUGCUUGUAUGAGUGUGCAAACUUUGAUGGUCGCAAGAUGGAAGUGUGUGAUGAGGAUAUUCCGAGCCUGUGGUCUUACGGCUUCCAGGAUCGAGUUGGCAGCAUUCAGGUCACAGGAGGAACCUGGGUUGGCUACCAGUAUCCUGGCUACCGUGGCUAUCAGUAUAUAUUUGAAAUGGGCUCUUUCAAGCACUGGAAUGACUGGGGAGCCCAGCACCCCCAGAUCCAGUCCAUCCGCAGGGUCAGAGACAUGCAGACGCACCGCCGGGGGUGCUUUGAGAAGACCAUGUAGACGAGUCCAGAGACAGGAAGCAGCAGCUUCUUUAUGAAAUUGAUCGUCGCUUUUCCCAGCAGCCAAUCAACAAACGGGUGUCACUGGCUUCACUGGUCAAGUUCUUAAGUAUGUGGAUUUGUGCUAUUUGUAUACAAACCUCAUACAAAAGUAUUAUAUUAUAUUUAUGAAAGGGAGGGUUAUGGGGAUUAAAACACCCUAAGUAGUUUUUCUUUAGCUUAGUUUGUUUCUAUUUGCAAUCAAAUUAUUACAUUUUAAUUUGUACUGACCUGCUCAUGUGUUUGACACUAAAAUGAUUCCACAAAUCAGAUGCUUCUCCCCUGUGAUCAACAAUUUUGAACAAAUGGACUCAAUCUUUCCUCUGCUGGAUACCAUGGACAGCUCUUGGCCCUUGCAGUAAGUUUGUAAUGCAGGAGGAGGCGCUAUAUCCUCAUCACAAAGCACCACUGAUUUAUAGAUGAACUGGGAUUGGGUAACUAACCAAACUCUUCAUGGCCUUGUGAUGUGGGGAUAUCAGUAUUAUCCCAACAGCAGGUUUCAGCUCAUUGACAGAGCUGUUCACAAGCAUUUCACUUUUUCUCAGGGAUGCUGGCAUCUGGAAAUCCCUCCAAUGGAAAUAAAUACAAAUGAUACACCUGAAAA